UACAUUUGCCCGCUCUUCUCUUGCCCGCAGUAGCCAUGGCGGCCAUGAGCUUAUUACAGCGGGUUUCGGUCUCUGCAGUGGCCGCUCUGUCUGGCCGUCGCCUUGACGCUAGACUUGUAUUCGGGGGCUUCCUCACCCGUGACUUUCCGAAGACUGUCGCUCCUGUGCGACACAGUGGAGACCAUGGGAAAAGACUGUUUAUCAUCAAGCCUUCUGGAUUCUAUGACAGACGUUUUUUGAAAUUAAUGAGAUUCUACAUUUUGUUGACUGGGAUUCCAGUAGCAAUUGGCAUAACUCUGGUGAAUGUAUUCAUUGGUGAAGCUGAGUUAGCAGAAAUUCCAGAAGGCUAUACCCCAGAACACUGGGAAUAUUUCAAGCAUCCUAUAUCAAGAUGGAUUGCCCGAACUUUCUUUGAUAGUCCUGAAAAGAAUUAUGAAAGAACAAUGGCUAUCCUUCAAAUUGAAGCUGAAAAAGCUGAAUUACGGUUAAAGGAGCUGGAAGUACGAAGUUUAAUGCGUGUAAGAGGCGAUGGUCCCUGGUAUCAGUAUCUGACCAUUGAUAAGACACUUAUUGAUCAUUCUCCAAAAGCAACUCCUGACAACUAAUCUUUUAUUUCUCUAAAUACAAAGUAUAUUCUCUUUAGGCAAAACUAAAUUACUAGAUAUAUUCUGUAUUUUUUCUGUGUGAUGAAUAAAAUAUCCUGUUCAUUGCUCUAUUUCUCAA